CGCGCCUCGCUCCUUGGCACUCGGCAGCGCUGUUUACAAGUUGAGUUUUUUUUUUUUUUUUUUUUUUUCCCUUUUCGGUCUUUUGGUUCUAGGGCAGAGCUGCUCAGAUUUAACAACUGGGAAACUGGCAGGGGGAGGGGACAGACUGGAGACGGCACUUUGGGGUGGGGUCAGGCGAGAAUUAAAGUGAGCCAUUUUUUAGGGCAGAGAAAGCAGGGAGGGAGUGCUUUGAACCAAAUUCCUGUGAAUUCUUAGCCUUCCUCUUAUUGCCCAAGAGGAUGGGGAACUGGGCUAUGUUGGGAGGGGUGUGUGCUGAGGUGGAAUCUUCCAAGAAGACUUUUGGGGGGCGGGGCAGGGACCCUGAGCCUUCUCAGGCCCCAUGGAUCUGGGUGGCAGGAUGUUUGGGCCUCCACAGUUCUGCUGAGCGCCCCCAAGCCAGCCCAAGCCCGGCCCCGCACACUGCCCCGGGGACGAGUGGGUAGAGAGGCAAGCCGGGCCGUGUCUGCGUGCUCACGGCCGUGGGUCCCGGUGCUGGGCUGUCUGGCGGGAGAGGUGUUCUGAUGUAGACGCGUAGCCUGGUGCUGAGUGGUGCGUGCCGGCUUUGUGUCACCUCCUUGGUGCGUCCCAGCCUGGCCCCGGGAGUUGUUGACUUGUGUGCGAGUGUGUGGGUUUCCAAGGAGGUGCGUGUGCUAGGUUGUGAGUCCAGGCUGCUCCGCUCUGGGCCUCGCAGCUGGGAGCGUUUACAGCCGGUUAUAAAGAGUUUGUUUGAAGCUCCGCUCAGCCUGGCCAGGAAUUUCCUCAAUUUCAGCAAUUUGGGCUUUAAAAGGAGAAAAACCCGGAGUCCACCCCCUCCUCCCCAGCAGGGGCCCUUGUCUGGCCCGAGAGCAGCACCUUGGUGGCGGGGAUGGGCUGCGUUGUAGACCCGGCCUCCUCGGAGCCGCUGGGCUGUGCGGGUUCAGGGGUGCGGGUGCGCCCGAGGGGUGUUGAGUGGGUGACGGGAAGAGCUGCCUUCGGGCCGGUCUCCCUGCAACCCCCAGUCUUAUAAUUGGCUGGCAUUGCCCCGUGCCAGUCUGACCGCACCCAGGCGCUUGCGCAAGAGAGGAAAUGAGGCGGCUCUCUGCGGGCAGGGAGGGCGUCGGCGCGGGAGCGAGCACCACCCCACGCACAGGCCCGCGGGCAGGGGCACGACAGGGUGGACCUGAGGUGCCCUCGUCCUGGAAGGCAUUCGGGCCCUCCCCACAUGCCCCCUGCCCCCAGUCUUGAAUAGACUUCAAGGCAUCCCUCUUUUCUCUCUCCCUGUUCCGUGGGGAGUCUCUCCAGCAGGAUUCUUAUGCUAAUGGAGUGUGUGUGUGUAUGUGGGUGUGUGUGUGUCAGUGUUGGGGGAUGGGGAGGGCUUCCCUCCUGUGGGUGGGUGGAGCCAGCUUGGAACCCCAGCAUCCUAUCCCGGGCUCUCCUUGAGCUCCCCUGGCGCUGUGGGGGGUGGGGGCAGACUUCAGGUCACGUGGGCUGUGGAAGGUUAGUAGGAAGAAAGUGUUGCUGAGGUUGGUUUGGGGGCCGCUGCCUAGCGAGGGGCUUGGGCGUGCCAGGUUUGAGGAGGUCCAGCAGGUUGAAUACUGGCAGAUUUUUCUAGGCUCUGAGGACCGCCCCCCACACCCACUCCCCCACAAGAUUCAGUCAGCCACAUCAGAGCAGCCGAGGGGGUGGACACCAUGUCUGAGCUGCUGCGGGGGUGGGGGGUAUUUUCCCAGAGAGUUCAGAAGCAAAGACAGAGGCUCUGAGAGGGUCCCGAGAGCCCCCUCCCCCACCAGCCCUGUUUACCCAGUAACACCUGACUUUUCCAGCUUGUACUACACCCCCAGUGGCUUCUAGACCUGAGAAUCCACACAAACACCUCCGCCUCCCCUUCCUCAGCCACCUAGACGGAAUCCAAAGGACCCCAGGGCCUUGGCCGCACCCUCAGUGGGCAGGGUGGCCCUGGGCCGAUCACAAGGGGUGCUCACUAGGCCUCAGCAUCUCCGGAUGGGAAGUGAAACUGGUGCGCAUCCUCUGUUGGACCGUCCCGAGUCCCUGUGCCCCUUGGCUCUGCUGUCUAAGGGGAUUUCUGGGGAGAGGACUUUGGUCGUUAAUGGGGGGGGGGGGACGGGUUUGACAUGAGAGGAAAAAGCUUGAAAAAUGAUCUACCGUGUGCUAUUGGAGAGAAAGUGAGGUCCCGUUCUAGCUCCUGACUGUCCCAGCAGGUCAUCCGGCCAGGUGCCAGCUACAGCGGUGGAGACACAAAGCACCAGCUCAGAGGAGAUGGUGCCCAGCUCACCCUCGCCCCCCCCACCCCCUCGGGUCUACAAGCCCUGCUUUGUGUGCAGCGACAAGUCCUCUGGCUACCACUAUGGGGUCAGCUCUUGUGAGGGCUGCAAGGGCUUCUUCCGCCGCAGCAUCCAGAAGAACAUGGUGUACACGUGUCACCGUGACAAGAACUGCAUCAUCAACAAGGUGACCCGGAACCGCUGCCAGUACUGCCGGCUGCAGAAGUGCUUCGAAGUGGGCAUGUCCAAGGAAGCCGUGCGCAACGACCGGAACAAGAAAAAGAAAGAGGUGAAGGAAGAAGGGUCACCCGACAGCUAUGAGCUGAGCCCCCAGUUAGAGGAACUCAUCAGCAAGGUCAGCAAAGCCCACCAGGAGACCUUCCCCUCGCUCUGCCAGCUGGGCAAAUACACCACGAAUUCCAGCGCAGACCACCGGGUGCAGCUGGACCUGGGGCUGUGGGACAAGUUCAGUGAGUUGGCCACCAAGUGCAUCAUCAAGAUCGUGGAGUUCGCCAAGCGGCUGCCCGGCUUCACCGGGCUCAGCAUCGCCGACCAGAUCACUCUGCUCAAGGCCGCCUGCCUGGACAUCCUGAUGCUGCGGAUCUGCACGAGGUACACUCCGGAGCAGGACACCAUGACCUUCUCGGAUGGGCUCACCCUGAACCGCACCCAGAUGCACAACGCAGGCUUCGGGCCCCUCACAGACCUCGUCUUUGCCUUUGCCGGGCAGCUCCUGCCGCUGGAGAUGGACGACACGGAGACGGGGCUGCUCAGCGCCAUCUGCCUCAUCUGUGGAGAUCGCAUGGACCUGGAGGAGCCUGAAAAAGUGGACAAACUGCAGGAGCCGCUGCUGGAGGCCCUGAGGCUGUACGCCCGGCGCCGGCGGCCCAGCCAGCCCUACAUGUUCCCAAGGAUGCUCAUGAAAAUCACCGACCUGCGGGGCAUCAGCACCAAGGGAGCAGAAAGGGCCAUUACCCUGAAGAUGGAGAUUCCAGGCCCGAUGCCCCCCCUGAUCCGAGAGAUGCUGGAGAACCCCGAAAUGUUUGAGGACGACUCCUCGCAGCCUGGCUCCCACCCAAAGGCCUCGAGCGAGGAUGAGGCUCCCGGCGGCCAGGGCAAGCGGGGUCGAAGUCCCCAACCGGACCAGGGCCCCUGACCUCCCCCACCGUGGGGUUGGGCUCCAGGCAGUGGACUGACCAUCUCCCAGACACCACCAGUGACCGGGGGAGGACCUGCUCUGCCCUUUCUCCACCCCUUCCAAAGAGCUCCUUGUUUUUGCCAAAGUUUCCAGGGGUGCCUCUGUUCAUCCCCUUCCCGCUCGAAGCGGCUUCGUCUCCAGCCCCGGGGGCCUGCCCUGCUCCCACCAGGAGAGAGGCCGGAGGGGUGAGCCUGGGUAUGGACUCUAAAGGUCUCAGCACUGCCCCUCUGAUACCAGGGUCCCAGGCUGUCCAGGCAGGAGGAGGAUUCUCUCCUUCCACAUCCCUUCCACUGCCAGGUGCUUGGGCCUCUGGGAGCAAACAGGAACACUAGAGACCAAAAGCGAAAGGGCUGAGCCCGCCCUCUUGCUCCUACCCUUGGUGCCUAAUGCUGGCUGGUGCGGGUGCACGCCACCCUCUGUGCCCAGGUCCGGGUGUGUGGAGGGGCAGGCUGGCCCUGCAUUUUGGGGGCCGGGCCAGCAGGUGAAAGGGACAGAUUCCGGUGCGCUCUGCACCUCUGCUGGGUGCAGUGUUGACCGGGUACCCUCCGUUACAAGCCCCUCUCGCGGCCCCGUCAUGUGCCUUGGGCUCCUCCUGCCUGCCAUCUCAGCUAUCAGGCAGGGACCCUCCUACACUACACAGGGGCCAGGGGAUCCCUCUCCCCAGUGCCUUUUUCCCUUAAUCCCCAGGGCAGCUUGGCCCAGGGAGGGGGAUGCUGCUUAGCUGACCCCGCCCUGUCCCAGAGGAAGCCUCUAUUUAUUUAUUAGCUUUUGUUUACACCCUGGAAUCGACCCCUUCCUCCAGGGGUCUUGGGAGGGGGAGCCCAGGGCCUCUGUGACCCCUCCCUUCUUCCUCCAAGCCCCAGUUUGUAUUUAGCUGCCAAGUAAGAUUCCCACGGGCUCCCCCUUUUUCUCUGGGGGGUCAGGGUGCUGUCCCCUCCCUUCUGUUUACAUCUCCCCUCCACCCCGCUCUACUGCAUAUCGCUGAGUUUUCUAUUUUUGCAAAAUAAAGUGAUGGAAACU